UAUUUUUAGCAUAAGAUUCAGAUUAACGAGAUCAAAACUGAAGAUAGGUAGAUUGAAUUUGCAGUGUGAACAUAUAGAGAUAGAUACAAGAAAUAGCUGCAGGCACCAGAUGUGUAGCAUGCAUCUUUAAAUCAAGACAAAUGGCCAAUCUUAGGUAUCAGAUCUGAAAUCUUCCUACCUUAAAACUUUAUCGCUUCAUUUUCCUCAUCAGAUCAGAUCCAUCCUAACCUUGUGUAUAUCUCUUAUGUCUUCUUCCUAUAUACCAAUCAACUAAUCUACAAAUUACUUUUAGCCACCAUUUCUAUCAUCAAAUCUCUUCUUUUUCCUUUUCAAGAUUUUUCUCUUCUUUUUUUUCUUUUCUUUUUCUGUUUUUCCUUAAAGUCAGUCACGCCAAUAUUCGCCAUAUACCAAAUAAUUAAUAUAUAUAUAAAAGGAAGCCCAUAUGCUAAUAAAAACCCUGCUUCCCAAACCUAUUUCCUUCCCUUCAUUUUGCAUCUCACUCCCACAAGCAGACACCCUUUCAUGUCGCAAUCGCAAAUUUCGCUCUUUAGUCUACAAAGUUGAUCUUUGACAGCAACGUAUGCAUACAAGGAAAUAUACAUGUAUCUAUUUAGAUAAAAGAGUUGAUAUAAUAUAAAUUUAUGAAAAAUUGUUAGCUAGAUUUUGUUUUAGAUUAUAUAGUAGCUCUACGAAACAAGCAGCUAGCGAGCUAGGAAUCAAUCAAGCAAGGUGGAUCCAAGGCAUGGAAAGAGGCCUCUUCCAAUGGAAGCAUCGGCGCAGGAAAGCGGCUUCUCCGGCGACGAAAGCGCCGUGAAUAUUUCAGGCCUUACUAGGAUUUUGGGGGAAGACUCCGCCGCGCCGCCGCCGGAGAGUACUACUCAUCAAGAUCAAGGAAGCGUGAAGAAACACUAUAGAGGAGUGAGGCAAAGGCCUUGGGGGAAAUGGGCGGCGGAGAUACGCGACCCGAAGAAGGCGGCGCGGGUUUGGCUGGGAACCUUCGACACAGCUGAGGAUGCUGCACUUGCAUACGAUGAUGCUGCGCUCAAGUUCAAGGGCGCCAAGGCCAAGCUCAAUUUCCCCGAACGCGUUCAAGGCAAGACUGAGCUCCGUUACCUCAGCGAAGGCGGUGGCGGAGGCUCCUCCGCCGCCCCCGAUCCUUUGAUGCACAAUACAUUUCCUGGCCUUCAGCAGUAUGCGCAGUUACUCUCCAGCAACGAUGCUGAAUUUCCUUAUGCCACCUCCGCUCUUUACGCCAACAACCACCACCACUUAGGAUAUCAUGACUCCUCCGCCGCUCACAGCUUGAUGCCGCCGCCACCGCCGCCGCCGCAGCAGCAGCAGCAGCAGGAUUUUCACUACGGCGGUGGGUAUUCUACUUCGGAUUUUAUCAACUACUAUGAUCCGAAUAACCCAAACGGAUGAUUAGUUUGAGUUCAUUAAUUAAUUAAUGAUCAAAAUUAAUGUGUGUGGUCUAUGUAUUGGUGAGGAUAAAUUGCAAAUGAUUUUACGAGUUUUUAAUUAGUAGUGUUGGAUUUCCGCAUAAUGUGAAUAAGAAAGAAGCCUUGGCUAAUCAAUUCAUGUAAUGACCGAUUGCUUGUAUGCAUUUCAUCGUUUCAUCAAUCUACGCUGCUUCUUUCUACUC